AUGAAUUCGGAAGUUGUGAGAGAUUGCGAACGAACAGAUGAAGUUAAAUCGAUUAUAACCGAUGAUAAUGCCAAUAAAAGUCAACAAGAGAAUUCCAGAGAUCUCAGUGAAGAUGCAAGUGCUAAACGAAAAGUUAGAUUAUUGAUUCUUGUCGGAUUUCCCGGAUCUGGCAAAUCAACUUUGGCCAGAAAUAUAUGCAAAAUUUAUCCAAAUGAUUGGUGUAGGGUCAAUCAAGAUGAUUUGGGAAGUCGCCGAGCCUGCGAAGAUUUGGCAAGGGUUAAAUUGGGAGAGGGUAAGAGUGUGAUAGUGGAUAGGGUUAACUUCGACAAGAGUCAAAGAAAAACUUGGGUCGAGAUAGCCUGGAAAUUUGACGUUCCCGUUGACGCCAUCAUAAUGGAUACGCCUAUGGAGGAAUGUUCAUCGCGCAUAAUCUCGAGGACAAACCAUCCUACGGAUGUGCAAGGGCAAAAAGGUGUGGAGAUUCUUGAGAAAUUUCAGGAAUGGAUGAAAUCACCGGAACACAUUGAAGGUAUCGAAUCGAUAAUUUGUGUAAAACCGCAACCUACCGGCGAUUCGUAUGACAAACGGGUGAUCGACGAGAUCUUGUUCAGAUUAGACAAUGAGACGAUGGUAAAGCACGAUAGGAGUGUCAACGUAAAUGAGUUGAGUGUUCACGCUGGUGGCUCCCGGAAUCAUAAUUCUCGCGAACGUUAUAGCAAUCGUGGUGGUCCCACACGUAGGGGUGGACAUAAUUAUGAACCGAGAGCCCAAGCUCAUUCUCAUCCAAAUGCCAACGUUUGGUCGGGAGAUGGAAGAAGAAAUAAUAAUAAUGGUUGGGCGUUACGGGGUAACCGGAACCACCCACCUCGGGGUAGAUCAAAUUCAAUGACUUAUCAAAAUGACUUUCCACCACUCGGCAAUGCCUAG